AUGACUGUGAACUACAUGCAAGCAGCGGCCACCGCAAGGGUGGGGACGUUCUUGAAACUGUUGUUCCGAUGGAGAGGAAGUGUUUGGAAAACUAUUUGGAAAGAACUGGCCAUAUUCCUCUUUCUCUAUUUCAAUGUGAGGUUCGUGAAAGAUUUUUUUAAACUAUUGUAA